UCGCGUGAAUUUCGCAAUCUUGAACAUACGGCUUUGAACGCGCAAUAAAACAUCGGAGGACAAAAUGAUUUCUAACAUAGCCAUGGGUUUCCGUGUUAGUAUGUUUAUAGUGGUCGUUGUGUUGCCGGGUGUAGAGGCUUUCUGCUUCGCGUCAGGUCCAACAGGACCGGGUUUGAGCUGCAAAUACGAGGGUCACGUUUUCGCUUCCGGUUCCUCAUACAAGGCGCCGGCCCCUCACUGCGUGGAAUGCACAUGUGAGGAUGGGGGGAUGUCAUGUUGUGGGUAUGGCAAAAGUGCUGGCGUGGUGAACAUCGAAGGCUGCAAGCAAGUGGACCGCCCAGACAGCUGCGAACUGUUCUUAGUAGACGCCCGGCGUCCCAACAGGCCGUGUCCGGGCUUCAGGCGAUAAUCAUAAAAAUUAGUAAAACCCGACCCCGCAUCGACCCGGUUAUUAUUCAAGAUCGCUUUGAAAUAAACAAAAUAUGUAACAUUAAAUAGUUCAAAGCACUCAACAUGGUGGGCGUUGAGGCGUCAUUCUCACUUCUUUCUCAUAAUGACGUAGUUUAAAUUCAAUGUUAUACUAUACAUCUUUCAUUCAUUUGCAAGCUGCAUAGAAUAUACAUAAUCGUAUUCUAUUUAACAGCAAAUAUAUUAACUGUGUCUAGAUGUCUUAUCAGCAGACCAUAUUUCAGGUGCCAUUGACUCAUCGACAAUUAUUUCGGUGUUACAAUGACUAUAACAUAGAUUGCUUAGUUGCAAAUGUGCAUAUAAUAUCACGACAAAUAUUUUCAACUCUAAUCUAGUUGCAAUAAUCCAAAGACACGCUUUUUGACCCACGGGGUUGCUAGGAGUUGCAAGUUGUAAUGGCUUUUUUUAAUACCAACUCGCAUGCGGCACUUUAAAAAGUCAUAAUUUCGUAACGGAAUCUUUUUUGGCGGCUGUACCAAUGCAAAUUGCUUAACAACUGGCACGAGUGUUAAGUAGUUGUAUGGUUGGUUAAGAAAUUAUAAAAUAAACAAGGGCUGUUUGUAAAAAAUGCAUGCCCCCC